GAGCAGGCAGAAGGCAAGGAGGUUGAUGAAGAUCACGUGGAACAGCCUGAUGUAAUAUCCCAACCUGCCACCACUGAACCUGAGCAGGUACCUACUGCAGACGAUUCUGAAUCUCUGGAAACUGAGCAGACGGAGGGUGCAGAGGAAGCAAAGUUGGUCGAAAUGGCAUUCGCACCGGAUGAAGUUAGUAUUGCUGAAUCAACACGUGACACAACUGAUGAUCAGCCACCAGAGAAAAUGGACUCUACAGAUCAAGAUCACAAGUCCACAGAUGACAGCAGUGAGCAGCUGGUUAGUGAGGACGCAGCACAAACAGCCGUAACAGAAACACUCGCCACAGAUCCUACCGAGCAAGUAGCAGUUGUUUCAAUUAGCGACGCGGGGUCCGAAAAUGAUACUCCAAUGCCAACGGACGACACUAGGGAUAGUGCAGAAGAGCCAGCUGUGUCUAAUGACUUGGACGAUGAACCUGCAUCCGGUACCGCAGACACAGCGUACAAUGCUGAGAAUAGUGCCGUUGAUGUAGGUCCAGACCCGAUCACGGAUGGAACAUCCACACCAGAGAUAGAGGCGACGGAAGUCAUGCCACAACCUGACCAGGCAGAGGAACAGGUUACAAAUAGCCAUCCGGAAAUGGAAACAAAUGUACAGAGUGAGCCGGCACAGGCUUCUGACGAAGUGGAGAGCGCGGAAGCAGCCAUGUUGGCAGAGCCCAUGCUGACAGAGCCCAUCCAGACCAACGAUGCUGAUCUAGCGGGUAUGGAACACUCGCUUGCAUCUCAGGCUUCCCAGCCAUCUGAUUUCGACGAUGCACUAGGUGGCGAAUCUGCUCGGUCCACCUCGAGGCGCAGAGGGCGGCGGCCCAAAUCCAAGAAGAUCGACGAGGAUCCAUUCGGUGGCAGCUAUCUGGAGAGCAUGAGCGAUGUGGUUCUCGAUAACACAGCAUCGUCCCAAGUUGAUGUUCGUGUGAGCUCACCACUGGUGUCGCCUAUUAGUGAGCAGGUUGACGUUGCCACCUCGGCGAUGGAGGAUGAGCAGCCAGCAGCUGCACAGCAAGCUACCGUUGAUGAUGUGGUGCAGACAACAUCAGACACCAUUGCAGAGCCUCUCAAUACUACUACCAUGGAUGAGCAUGUAGGUGAAUCUGAGAGCAGCAUUCCCACGCACGAGGAGCCGAGUGUGCCAGCAGAUGCAGCUGAACCAACGCCAGCCAGUCCUGUGGAAGAUGAUCCGACAUCGAUUGAUCCUCAGCCAGAGGAGACUCUGGUUGAAGAGCAUACCACAGAAGAGCCAUCCAUCACGGUGGAAGAGCAGGCGCCCUCUGAUUCAGUGGAUGAAGAGCAGCAGUCUGUUGAAGUAGCUCCUGACUCUAAUGAGCCAGCGCCAAGUCAGGAUGUUGAGACUGAAGAGUGCACAGAUGCUGGCACAGUCACUGCAGCUGAUGCCGACACUACCAGUACCACUGCUGCAGCUGUAACUGAUGAUGCUACCAGCGAGUCUCCUAGUGAUGCUAUUGCUGAUGCUGCCACAGAUACUACUAGUGACACCGAUGGUACCAACACUGAUGCUGCUGCUGCUGGUGAUGAUGAUGAUGACGAUGCUGCAGCUGCUGAUGGUGAUGAUGCUGCUGCUACUGCUGAUGUUGCUGCUACUGCUGAUGUUGCUGCUGCUGCUGAUGCUGCUGCUACUACUACUGCUGAUGUUGAUGAUGAUGCAGUUGCUGGCGAUGAUAUGGAUGCUGCUAGUGAUGCUGUUGCUGAAGCUGUAUCUGACCAGCCAGAUGGUACAGCCGCCAGUGCUCCUAUGGUGGUGGUUGACGAUGAUGGAGAGCCAGUGGAGUGCAUUGAAAUGACUGAAAUCGGUGCUCCGCCAGAUCUGCUGAAGGAACCAGAGCUUGCUGAACCGACAGUCAAGGAGUCCGAUCUAGCCCGGUCACUGGCCAGAGAUUUUAAACCCAGUGACAUGGAGCUAGAGGGCGACACCAGUUUUGCAGUCAAGCCAGAGCUGACAGUUGCCACCACACAAGAGACCAAUACGGAGGAUAGCGAGACUGCUCAGCCGGAAAGUUCAGAAGCAGAAGCAACAACUGCAACCGAACCAGCGCUGGAAGAAGUCAAGCCUUCACUGGCCGAAGGCGGUGGUGCUGAAAUGAUUACAGCCAAACCAAUUGUAAGCGAGACCAUUGCUGACGAGACACCAGCACCAGCAACACCUGCGUGCGACGAUACGGAAAUCACAGAAGCUACGAGUAACGACAGCACCAGCAUGGAACUUGUCGAGCCAUCCAGUGUUCAGCUGGCUGAGGAUGAUAGUCAGAUGCCUGAAGGUGAAGACCCUAUCUGUAGUGCAUCCGCUGAGGCUGCCUCUACUGGUGACGCCACUGAAGAUCAACCAGCAGAUGUGCCCAGUUCAUGUAUACAGCAGCAGAGUGUUGAGAUUGAGCAAGUGGAAGAGACGCAGGUGGCAGACGAACAGCCAGAGACGCAGGCGGCAGAUGAAGAGCCAGAGGAAGCACUCAGUACCGAGGAAGCAGCACCUGCGGAGCCUGUUGCGCCCAUGGCCGAGCAAGUGCCAGACGUUGAAAGCACGCCAGUAACUCCGAGCGUGGAGAGGGCAAUCAAUAACGACGAACAACCCAGCAUCGAUGAAAUGACUGAAGAGGCAGUACCUGCUAGUGGCAGUGCACCUGAAGAGUCCAAAACGGAAGUGCCGGCCAUGGCUAACAUUCCUCCGCCGCCAGCAGCUGCACCCGUGUUCGACAUUGAGAUUGAAGGUGAGCAGCCCAGUGGCAAUGUUUCUGGAGAGGAGCCACCUGAGGAGAGCGAAGCUGAGUCUAUGAUUGUACACGAUGUCCCAGCGGCCCCGCUAGACAUACCGAUCAGUAGAAGAGAUGCUCCGAAAGCUCCGCCACCGGUCAUGGUGGAAGAGGAGGAGGAAGAUGAUGAUGACGAUGUGGUCAGUGCUCUUGGACCUAGCAUUGCCGUGUCUGUCUCCAAACCAGAAGAACCUGCAAGGUCUGUACCAAGGUCUCUGUCACUCGAAGAGAUGCUUCAGAAGAGCAGCAAAGAAGAGCAGGGCUUCUCAGCAGCGACGGGUCCCGCAAGCCCAGUGUUGUCCGAGGGUGGUGGUGGUGGUGAUGACAGCGCUGGCCACCGCACUGCCAGUAUUAACCGUCACAGUAGUGUUGCAACGCCCGAAGACCUGGAUAACAUCCUGGCGCUCGUUAACCAGCAAACGGCUGCACAGCUCGAACAGCAGGCAAUGGCUGAAGCCCGGGGAGCAGCCGGAGACAUUGGGGAUGACGAGUAUGAGGACGAUGACGACGAUGAGGGUGUAUUCCACACUGAGGAAGCACACGCAGAGCCGCCAGCAGAGCCAGCGGCAGAACCGGAACCGAUCGAAGAUAAGCCCGCGUCAGAGGUUAGUGGCACAACACCAGGAGAGGAAGUGAUAGUAGGAUCAGCUGAAGCAGCAGCACCAGCAGAGGAAGCGACAGUGGGAUCAGCUGAAGCAGCAGCACCAGCAGUGUCACCCGCCUUGCCCCAAGAUGAACCAAGUGCCAUUACAGAGAAAGAGAAACUGGAGCUUGAAGCCAGACGCAUUUUGGAAGAGCACAAGAAGAAGAGAGGUGAUGCCAAGCUUACAAAGAAGGAGCAAAAGGAACGUGAGAAACAGGAGAAGAAGGAGAGAGAGCUGGCAAAGAAGGAAGCAAAAAGCAAGGAGAAGAGCCCAGGGAAACCCAAGAAGGGAAUUAUCAGUGGUUUGUUUGGCCGGGGUAAGAAAAAAUCAACCUCCGGUAAGGAAGCACCGCUUGUAAUAGAGAAUGAAAAUGCAAUUGAUGGAAAGAAGAAAGCAGCAGCAGCAGCAGCAGCAGAAAAUACCGAGGAAGCAGCAGCUGCAGCAUCAUCAGCUCCUCCAGAUCCUGCCAGUCCGCCAGCCACUGCAUCAGCUACUGCAGCAGUAGAUGAAGUGGGUGGAGUAGAUUUGGCGGAAGACGUUUCGUCGCCAACACUACCCGAUCUGAAGGAGGCAAAGAAUGCCGAGGAACAUCCUGAGGGCGAUGAAGAGGAAGAGGGAGAGCAGGAAGACGACUUUCUCGGUGCUCUGCCUGCAUCCGCAACGUCUGGUCGGAAAAGUUCAAAGCGAGAUCGCUUCAUGGCGGCCGAUGAGAAAUACAUGGAACGAGUCCAGGAGGCGGUGCAGCAUCGGCUGAAUCGAGUCAAGGCUAUAGCAUCAGCACUAACCGCAGCGCCUGUCCGCAAGCAGGAGGAUGUGCGAGAGGUGUUCAGGAAUGCAGGUCAGGAGGCAGGCCUUGAGAUGUGGAGAUUGAAGGGAAAGGAAGUACUGAGGGUCACAGAGAACUUCCACCGUCUUACUCCAAUCGAUGCUGUACUGUAUCUGCGGACAAAGCCUGCAGUCGGUGCCACGUACACCAUUCACGUAUGGACGGGCCUGGGAACGAGUGAGUCGUUCAUCCCGUCUCUUGUCAGCAUGGCACACGAACUGGAAGCAUCUCUUCCAGGACUGUCUGUCAUUCACAAAGAGACCCAGUUCCACGAGUCACCGCUGUUCCUGUCCUACUUCAAGGAAGGCCUAAGAGUACAGAGAGCGGUAGCUGCCAAGGACAAGCGCCGUCUCCUGCACAUCCAAGGUGUUCAUCAUAUCGCUGUCAAUGAGGUUGAGGUAACCUACAAAUCUCUAAACAAAGGAGACGCGUUCAUUCUGGAAACGAAGAAGAAGAUCUUCGUCUGGCUGGGCUCGGCCAGUAUCGACAAGCAGAAACUCAGAGCUCUACGUUUGGCCGAUGAGAUUGCCGAGGAGCGUGGUGGCCUCCCAGUCAGAACUGUCCGCGAAGACUCCGACAAUGCAGCAUUCUGGCUUGGAAUCGGCUCCAGAGGUCAGAUUCGACCAGCCAUGGGAAAAGGCAUUCACAAAGUUGAUCGCAAAAAGCAGAAGGUUCGUCUCUACAGAUUGGUCGGCUCUGGUGAUAAGGGCAAGCUGAAGGUGACGGAAGAGAAAGCAAGGCCACUGCAUCGCAGCAUGCUGGCAUCCGACAGCUGUGUCAUUCUGGACACCGACUUUGGAAUAUUUGUCUGGGUUGGCUCCGCGGUGGGUCAUCGCGAAGUCAGGAAUUCGUUCAAGCGAGCCGCUAUAUUCAUCCACAUGAAAGGCUAUCCGCCUUGGGCUCCUGUCAUUCGUAUCAGCGAGCAUGGUGAGAUCGCCCAGUUCAAGCAGCACUUUCAGAACUGGCCAGAGGUGGAUGCAUCUAUGGUAGCUAGCAAGGCUGGUCUUCCAGCGGAGAUUGUGGUGGAGCCAACGUCAAUGAUCGACCGCGGGAUUGGCCAAGUGAAGAUCUGGACCGUGGAGAACAACAAGCGUGUUGCGGCCUCCCUGGACCAGUACGGCAAGCUACGCAGCUCGGAGAGCUACAUAAUCCAUUACACGUACCGCACCGAGGCAAUCACAAAGCAUGUGGUGUACGUGUGGCAUGGCCAGGAUACCAGCAAGGAGAGGCGCAGUGUGGCCACUGUGCAUGCUGAGCAGCAGUCCUCUGAGUACCGCAAGGAAGGAGUAGUACUGGCUCGCCUUAGCCAAGGCUCGGAAACCGAUCACUUUCUGAGCAUCUUCAAGGGGCAGCUUGUCAUCUUCAUGGCUCCUCCCAGCAAGCGGCGCGGCUCAUCUGCUGCCGCUGCUGCUGCAGAGUCACGGCUAUUCAUGGUCAAAGGCAAACUACCACUGCGGAUUGCUUCGCAACAGGUUCAAUGCCGGGCAUCGUCCCUGACCUCUAGCCAUACGUUCCUGCUUGUCACCGCCAAGCAGUCAACAUUCGCCUGGGCCGGAAAGGGCUCGUCUCAGGCAGAACGUCGCGCUGCUGUGGGAAUUGCACGUGUUGUGGGACAGAAGGGCAAGGAGCCUCAGCGUAUCCUGGAAGGAGAAGAGACCCAGCUAUUCUGGCAUUCUCUUGGAGGUCGCUCAUCGUACAACACCGAUGUUCAGUUGGAGGCUCUGUGCCACCCGCCACCCCGCCUGUUCAUUUGCUGCGUUGUCGGUGGUCGCUUGACGACCGAGGAGAUCUUCCACUUUGUCCAGGCUGACCUGUUUGAGCAGGACAUCAUGCUACUUGACACAUCAGCACAGAUAUUCAUGUGGGUCGGAGAGAAGGCUGAAGUCAAGGAUGUGACUUCUGUCUUGAAGAUGGGAACGGACUAUUUGGAAACAGACCAGCAGGGCAGAAACCCGGACUCCGUUCCCAUCAACAUUGUCUAUCAGAAACAAGAACCCAUUCCAUUCAGCAGCCACUUCCAGGCCUGGAAUCAGCACUUCUGGGAUGAGGCACCUCCAACCGUCGAGACUGUUGAGGCUGCAGUGACAGGGAAGCGAGCAAGCAUACUCUCCACAGACACACCAGAUUUAUCUGGCAUUGUCAGUUUGGAAAGCUCUGGCGUGUUCAGUAGCAGCGCCUCUCCCGAGCCGCCGCUUGAGACCCAGCUGGAGGAAACGCCGUCGGCUGUGAAUCUUGCACAGCAGGAGGAGUAUGUACCCAGCGCCAUGGCUGCCACUGAGGAGCUGCCACGACCAUCGACCGGCAGUGCAAGCGAGCUGGUUACUGAUGGGCCGGUAGCUUCUCCGCCCGAUUCACCGCCUGCAGCUACAGAGGAGGCUGUGUUUGAAGAGGUCGAAGAGCAGCCCAAUCCGGCCAUUGAUCAAGCACCAACUGACACUGCCAAUGUAUCCAACCCUGCUGAAAACACCGAAGAGAAACCGCAGGCUGAGAAGACUGUAGAAGUCACACCACAACCAAGUAAUGUUCCGUCCGCUGAGCCACAUGCUGAGGAAACCAUUGCAGUAGAAGAUACUGAAAAGGCAAGCAGUGCUGUCGAAGAAAACUCUCAAUUACCGCCGGAUGCUGAUGUUGAGACCAGUCCAUCUAGCCCGUCGGUAGACCCUGACGGCGCGGACACUGUUACCAGCGAGGACGAGCCUGUUCCGUUCAACGUCCUGCAGACGCACAUCGAUUCCCAGGCAGCAUCACUGCAGGACAUUCCCUCAGCAGUCAAUGAACAACAGGCACUGUCACCACCAUCUUCUGAUCAGAGAGAUGUCAUUAACACUUCUGCUGAACCUGCUUCUAACUCUGGUGAAAACAACGGACAAGAAACCGAGUCAGCCCGUGUUGAAGAAGCUGCAGUCAAUGCAGGGGACAGUACUCAAUCUCUCACACCGCCAGCAGAAAGCGUCGACACUUCCGAGGUAGCAGCUGGCAAUGAUGCCCCAUCGACUGUUGAAAAGCCGGUGGAAGCAGUGGCGAAGAAACAUCAGCGGGCAAACAGUGACGAGGACAGUUUCCCAAUGCCGGAUCUGGGCACUCUUGAUCACUUAGCCGCAGCGAAACCCAUCGACACACAGAGCGCACCAAGCACAAUGGCCAGAAAGAACUCCACCAUUGAAGAACUGAUGGACAGCAGCGGCAUGAUUGGCACCGACCUUGAUUCAAUCAUCGACUGCCUGACUACAUCAUCUAUUAACCUACUGGAUGCUGAGAAGAGGAUUGAUGGAGAUGAUGGAGCUGACAUCGAUUUGGAGUCGAUGGUGACAGAACUCGACAGUGUGCUGGAGAGCAGCGGUCUUGCUCCACUGGAGGUGCGCCUGAGUGGGCGCAGGAACGUGCGCAUUGCUCGCUCACCAAGUGAUGCAGCUGCUCCUCCAUCACGUCUUCUUGAGCUACGGGGUGGUGAAGCGCAGGUGCAGAGGUCAUCCAGCACUCAGGGCGAUGGAAAGCCACAGAAGAAGAAGCGAUUGUCAAAGCAGCACACUCUGGAAGGCCCUGAAGUGGAAAGAAUUCCUAUCUACCGGGACGAUGUGGAAAUGCCAUUCGACAUUGCAGUGAAGCCGAGUACCACAGCACAGCACGUGGUCUUCAAGAUGGUGGAGAAGACACGCUCCAAGCUGCAGAUGACCCUCUGCUUGGUGGAGGUCAUCGAUUCCUUACAUAUUGAGCGUCGUUUGGAAGAUCAUGAGCUAGUUCUGGAUGUAAGAGCAAACUGGCCGGAAGGCAGUGACAACAAGCUGGUCUUCAAGAACGCCUCCACUAAAUAUGCCCUAUGGGAACGGCCGCAGCUUCCUCAUGCUGUUCUUGAUGCCAUCUGUGAUGACAACGAGGUACCUGUUAUCGAAGGCAUCCUCAGUGAGAAGCCGCCAUCGAAGAAGAGCUGGAGAAAGCGAUAUUACCAGCUCGAGCACUUGGGUAUUCUGGCGAACUGCAGCUCCAAUGAAAAGAUGCUGACGAAGAAAGAGUCGAUGGAGAUGGUGGCAAUGUUUACCGACCAUGACAUCUACACGCCAUUCGGCAAUGACAAGCUGAAUGUAGGGCCAUCACAGUUUGUCAUCGCGCUCAAGCCCCACAAGACGGAUGAUCGAAAUGAUGUCAAGAUGCUGAGUGCCAGCAAUGCUGAGGAGUUUGUUCACUGGAUUGCGGCCAUGCGUCUGAUGAAGUAUGGUGCACAGCUGCGUACCAACUACCAGGCUGUUCGCAAUCAGUUCAUCGCCAUGGCCAAAAUGAAGAAGCAGCUAUCGCGUCAGGGCCUGUAUGGCGUGAAGCCAGCACGGCAUUGAACCCAACGCCACAUCUAGCUUGCUGUACAGUGUGCCAUGCCAUUGGUCUCAUUGCCACUUGCCAUUGACUCUAGUGCCCAUUCUCAGGCGGCUGUGUUGAUUAUCUAUCAGAUGAAAUCUGUAUUCAGUGACUUACAUUGCCCUUUUUAGGUAGUGUCGAUCAUCGAUCUGAUGAAAAUCGCAUUGAUCAUGCUGUUCUUUGCAUGCAAUACAAGCAAAGUAUUUUGAGACCCAUGCCUUUCUAUGUAGCCAUUCCGAAGUAUGUACAAUAGUAAUGUAUUUAGUAGUGCAUGCACUCGCAUGCAUGUAUUCAGCUUUGACCUGGAGCUGCGCUUGCCAACUGCGCAGCGUCUAUUACAUUCUUGCAAACUGGAGUAGUAAACCAUGAUUUGGCCAUUGUUGUAACAAUGUUCACAUGACUUCCUUGUAAACGUACAUGCAAUGCCCUAUAAUUAUGUUGUUCGAAACAUGCAUGUGCUUAUCGAUCAUGAUGGCUUCUAGUUUUCUUCCCAUGUAGAUCUACACUUGUAUGAUUGACUUCACACUGCAGCGUGUGUAGCGCCCAUGUACAUUUAUAUACAAUACCGUGCAUGUUCGAUCACUAGUGUGUUCUGACUUUUUUCUCAUUUCAAUGAACCUACAAGUAUAUGUGGCCUUGACUGAAACUUGGGCAUUCAACUCGAACAACUACA